AUGGGGCGUCUGAUUGCAGAGGCGGGCAGCCUUGAGGAUGAGAACGCUUGGCUGAACGCUCAGCUCAAAGAAACCCAGUCUGACAAGUGGUACCUGGAGAUUGCCAAAAGCGGCCUGGAAGAUCGAGUUGCCCACCUGGCGGCUGCUCUUGUGGAGGGCAUGUCUGAGCAGCUGGACCUGAGAUGUGCAGAGCAAAAGCAGUCUCUGAAGGCCCUGCAUGCGAGGCUGGAUGCCGCCGAGGCAGAAGUGCGUCGCAGCGCGCAGCUGCAGAGGGCGCGGCUCAUGUAUCUGAACUUGGAACUCGAGCUGUGCCGUGACCGCAGAGCGAGGCAGGCCCUUGAAAGGGUUGUUGAAGUCCUCAGCGAUCCUGACGAUGCACUCCUUGCGGCAUCCUCAUCAGGCGGGCAGGAGGCAUUGAGGGAGAGCCUGCUGCAUCGGUCCCGCUCCUCUGCAGUAGGGACAGCAGCUGGGUGCUGGCCUGUGGGGUUUGGCAGCAAGAAAGGCAUGAGCCGCAACAGCAGCAGCAGCAAAGAUCAGGCAGUGUCUGCAUCGGCCCCUGCCUCUCUCAAUCCGCCAUCCCCGUUGACUCGUCCCCCAUUGGAGGUCACAAAAAUGGAGCAGAGCAAUGAGGACUUGCAGGAUAGACUCAUCCAGAACUCAGCCUUUGCCGGCAGCAAUACACCCCCUGCACAUGCAUUGUCCCCAAGGUCUUCAGGCCAGUAUGGCAGCGAAGACAUGUCAUGGGCGGCUGAGGGUGCAUCCAGCGAAGAUGACGGUCCUCAGAUCUCACCUCACACGGCUUUGGGCAUGGCUGCAACUCCCUCAGGCCGCCUAGCAUUUGCUCAUUCUGUCAUGCCCAUGAUCAGCAACAUUGGCCGGCAGCUAGCUGCACAGUACUCGGUUGUAUUCGACAGCGGUAGGGUGAGAGCGCCACAGCUGGAGGCUGCUGAAUUGGACUGUGAAGAUCCAGAUGGCAACUUAGACUAG